UCUUCUGUCCUCCAAAAAAUAUCCAUACAAUUUCUGGAAGCAUAGAUGAUAUUUUGACUCUGCCAAAAUUUCGUACAGCACAAAUAGCGGGGUACCCCUGAAUUGAAAGUAAGUCACCCGACGACCACUACUCAGUCGCUCGCUUCACCUUCCUCAGCUUUUACCCCACGUUGUACACCUCAGACCGGCAUAUACCCGAAAUUUAGGGUUAGACUCCUCUAAGAAUGUCGAAUAUCCAGAAUGUUUCUCAAGAAUUUGUCCAGCCUUUAAAUACACAUCAAAAAUAAAGCUCUCAAGAGGAAACUUAUAUCUUCAAACAACAAUCAUGGCGCCACAAAACUUGUUAGAGCUGCUUCGGUCGAAGACUGUGGUCGAUUGUGAUACUAUGGAAUUCGAGGGUGGGACUCCUUCACAAUCUUAAACACAUUUAUCUUCUGACAAUGUAUCAUAGUUGCGAAAUCUCUUGGUCCUUUCACAGACUGUACCUCCAAUCAAGCUAUUGCAUUUUUCGAGCUCCAGAAACCAGAGAACAAAAGUCUUCGUUUAGAGACAGUCGAAACAGCGAAGAAGCUCUUCGAUACUGAGGGAUUUUCAAAUAUACAGUAUUCGGAAUUAGCAGUUGAGAUUGCGGUAUGCAGUCUUCUAUUAAAAAGCUUAUGAGGACGAAGAACUAAUUGAUAUCUUAGAUGGUAAAACUACAACUUGCAAUUGCCGGUGUAGUCACGGGAUUCGUCCAUGUUCAGACAAAUCCCUAUCAUUCGUAUGAUUACGAAAAAAUGAUCAACGACGCACAUAGUAGCUUAUUCUCCUCUCCUAAAAUGACAUGAAGAGGCUCUAAAAGAUUUAGGAAUAAUAUCCAUAUUCAAGCAUCUCGAUCCAGAAUUUGACACGAAGCGUAUUUGUCUGAAAAUUCCAAGUACAUGGGAGGGACUCCGAGCAUGCAAGAUUUUACAAGAAGGAGGAAUAACGACAUUAGCGACUACGCUUUUUACGAUUGAGCAAGCCGCCUUGGCUGGAGAAGUAAAGUGUACUUAUAUUGCGCCUUAUGUCAAUGAACUGAAAGUUCAUUUUGACGCUGAGUAUGAUACUCCAUACCUCUCCACUGAGUCUCGUCACGAUUGGAAGUCCCCGUGUUAAUUAUAAACAGAUUCACGGACACAAACAAAGCUCAUAAACUCUGUCACGAAAUCCAACAAUUCUACCGCAAAAAUAACCUCAAAACAAAAGUCCUACCAGCUAGUCUUACAAAUAUAGAUGAGAUUAUGAUGUUGGCUGGCGUAGAUCAUAUCACUAUUGCGCCGGCGCUAUUAAGGGAACUGGCCGCUACAUCGGUGGAAGGCUAUACAGUGGGAUCUUUGUUUGAUGAGGUUGAGAAAGAGGAGAUUAAGUAUAAAUUGAGGGAAUAUGCGGAAUUCGAGAGUGAAUGGAGGAUUGCUUUUACGAGGAGUGGAAAAGGAGAGGGAGAGAGAAAAUUGAGUCAGGUGAGUUGUUUUUGACAGGAUGUUUUUUGUGUCAAAUUUGGUGUAGGUUUUUACUGACUUUUGAUUUUGUGUAGGCUAUUAAUAUCUUUUGUGAUAUGCAAACGAAGCUGGAAGCGAUGUUUGAGGAGUUGAAAAAUUGAGUAAUUGUGGUUUUAAGAACGCUUUCAGGGAUUGGUUACGUAAGUGUAUAAAAAUCUAAACUUCAAUUGAAUAUCGCAUGAGAUUAGAUG